CUAGGAACAAGUAACUUGCAUUGCAAUUUUAUUAAAGGAAAAUGUCGCCGUUGCAUUCUGUGUUUCUUUUACUUGGACUUGCUGUAAGCUUGAGACAUGUCCGGGCUUUAUCCCAAGAAGAGAUUGCAGCUAUCAAAACUGGCCUGCGACCAUUGAUCGCGGAGUGUGGCAAAGAGUUCGGCGUAGAAGAAGCAGAUAUCAAAAAAGCAAAGGAAUCCGGCAAAAUCGAAUCGUUAGACCCCUGCUUGUUCGCUUGCAUUGGAAAGAAAAUGGGAAUGAUUAAUGAUAAAGGUGAAUUUGACGUAGAGAAGUCUUCGGAAACGGUGAAGAAGUUUGUUACAGAUAAAGAUGAGCAGAAGAAGAUUCUAGAAAUCAUUGAAAAAUGUGCUUCAGUGAACGAUGAAGCAGUCAGUGACGACAAAGGCUGUGACAGAGCUAUACUUCUGCACAAAUGUAUGGCGCCAUACAAAGAUCAGUUCGAUUUCUCUAAGUGAAGACGUUUAACAAGUGAACAGUCUGAUGAAGUUACACUGGCAGUCGACUACAAUGGUUUUUGUAUUAUUUAUUUUGUUGCAAUCAUUGAUUAAUAAAAGCAUUA